AUGGCGGGGGCUCCAGCGGCCGAAGCUCUGGUGGCCGAAGCUCCGGUCGAGGCUCCGGCCGAAGCUCCGGUCGAGGCUCCGGCCGAGGCCCCGGCCGAGGCUGCCGAGGCUGCCGAGGCGCCGCUGCCAUGGUGCACAGUGCUCGAUCAUGGGGCUGGGCUGCGAGAGGUUACCAUCAUCAAAGCGAUCGAGGAGUAUCUCGCCUAUCAUCGACUGCAGGAGCCCUUGGCCGCCUUCCAGCGAGAGAUCGAGCGCGUCGGGCUCCUGCGCAGCCCCAACAUCGCGCUGAACGCAGUGCGAGAAGUAGAGGAUGUUCUUUGCAGCCUGGAUGCCGGUGAUCAAGCAGCCUUCAGCUCUGCCUGGAGUCGUGUCAUGCCGGACCACGAAGCCACCUCCAAGGUGGGCGCCUUGCAGCUCCGACUCCAGGCCAACUUUGCAAUCCACCGGGCCAGGCUGACCCUCCAGAACGGCAAAGAGCCCGAUGUGUCAGAGAUGCAGGAGGAUCUAAAGCCUUUCCUGACCUUCCUCAAUGAGCGUGGGCUGGAUGAGAUGAGCGGAGACGAGGCUCUGAUGCCACUCUUUGCUCUCCCGUUUGUGCAGCGACCCCAUGCGCACCCAGACGUUCGUGAGGUCUUUUCCCUGCAGUGGUUCCAAGACCUUCGCCGGGAUGUAGAGGCGGCCCUUCGCUCCCAACGGCCCAUCCCUCGGAUCUACGACAUUCUGGAUCGCUCACCGACAGAACAGGGGAAGCGCUCGUGGCAAUCUGUUUGGGCUGAGCUGCUACGGCUGGCUGAUGCCAGCCUCGAUUCCAUGAUGCUGUUGGCACAAGGAAGUCCUGCGCCACCAGUUCUUUCAUCGGCCCGGCAGCAGCUUGAGUUGCUUCGUGAGCACAUUCCAAGAGGCCUGGAGCUGCAACUCAAGUCGCACUUGGACAGGGGUGCUUGUCCCAUGAGCCCCGCGCGCAGCGUGCGCAGCCGCGCAGCCACGUCACGGCCACAGCUAGCGCACCAGCUGGACUUUGGGGCCUUGAAGACCUUCCUCUGCGCCACACCGCAGCAGCGCCGGGAGGCUUUUGGCGAGGUUGCCGCAACGCUUCCGCAAGUGCUGCGUGCGGUGCUCCAACGGCUCGCUUCAGCGGAGUCGCCGCUGCCCCAGCGCCGUGGCUUCCUGGUUGCGAUCACCUGUUUCGACGUGCUCGGGGUACGCGACCAGCCAAAUGCUUUACCAGCGCUCUUGAAGGACGAGUACUCGCAUUACUCACAGGUGGACUCAGAGUUAACACAGCUGCUGACACUCGGCAUCCUGGCGGUGUUGGCCUGUGAAGCGGUCGGACGCAGCUACGUGGUCUCAAGCUCUUCCUGCGUGAAGAGGAUGGUGGAACUGCUCAAGUCCAAGCCGCUGGACUCCUCCAUCCAUAUCCAGGCUCUUGCUGCCAUGCAGCGCCUCUCUUUACGAAGGUCAGCGCAGGAUUGCAUGAUUGAGAUGGGUAUGGUCGAAUGGGCAGUCUGUGUACUUUCCUCGCAGGAAGAGGGCGCUUCCCGCGCUCCCUCCGAGUUCUCACUGGAAUUUGGUUCCGCCAUGCUCAUGAAUCUAGCCCUCCGUUCGACUGGAAAGCGGAAGUGCCUCGAGCAAGAUGUGCUUCCGAUGGCUAUGAAGCUCAUGGAGCACUGGAAUCCGCAGAUCAGGACUCACAUCAAUGGGACGCUCUACUCGCUGCUGUCGCUCUCGGGCUUCCGCCAGUCUGCUCGCAAUGCAGGUUUGGAGAUGGCGCUGCGAUCGAUUCACCGUCAGGCAAGUAGUUUGGGCGAUGAGGUCGCGGUUCGACAGCUUGAGUACCUCUUGGAGCAGCUCAACCUCGUCGAAGAGGAGCCAUCACAUGUCCCAGCGGUCGCAUCACUUGUCUUCGACGAGGCUCUCGAGAUUGAGAGCACUGAGAGCGGUGAGGAUGACGAGGAGGAUGAUGAGAACUUCCUCGAGGAGGAGGAACUCGCUGGCCUGUUGCUGGGAGACCGCUGUGGACAGUCUGCAGACGAAGCCCUCCGCCCUUUUGCCGCCAAGCCAGCAGUCCUUGAGGUUCAGCAACGCGAGUUCGAGAGCUGUGUCGGUCGCAACUACAUGCAGUCGCUGUAG